UGCGUAUUAGGAAGCGCCGGUGUCGCUGCACGGUGCCCUGUGCGCACGGUGCACUCGAAGGUCGGGGGGGAAGGGGCGGGACGAGAGGGAGGCCGGGAGGGCGCCAGCCGUCCACCCGACGCAGAUCCUGGGCAGGUCCAUCCUGGAGCCGGCGUCGGUGCCCACGCCCUGAUCAGCGUAGCCAGCAUCGGUACAGGUGUUCAGUUGGCGUCUCCCGAAAGAAGGAGGCGAGCGUCCUCCGCGCCGCAGUCAACCCCUGGCGAGGCGAGCGAGGACGAUUAAAUUCUUGGCGGUAUUCGGCCAAGAAAGCGCUAAUUUGGAAAGUGUAAGAUCGUGUCACCAAGAAGUGAAAAUGGCGCUGGCAGCCGCCGGAGUGAAACAGACGUUGGCGUGCGCGGGGCAGAACGGCGCCGAGAUCUGGAGCGGCCUGCUUGCACCCCUUUUGGGCAACAUGCCCAGGCCCACGGGUGGCACAUCGUCUGGCAACUACAGGGCGUUGCUUGCAAAGGGUUGUGUCCUCCGCCUCCGCCUUGUCCCUGCUCACAGGAAGGCGGGUAACCAACGAGCUGCAAACUGCAAAGCAAACAACGCCCGCGUUCCACGGCGCCUGGCACCCUCCGAUCGGUGCUUGCACGUUGCCAGGAGCAAGGGAGCAACGGACUUGACGGAAAAGGGUCCCUUGCUUCAGCUUGACGCGGAGAUCCGCGCCCGCUCGCGGCUGUGAUGGGCGUUGCCCGGAAGAAAAACACGCCGAGCGGCCGAAUUAAGUGCGGGAAGCACUGAGCUUCUCUAGUAGAUCUCCUGACGGAUCAGGAGACGGUUGUCCCGAACUCUCCCACCCCACUUUCAUCGCGGUUCCGUGUCUGCGUGCUCUGGCAGGCCUCCAAAGACACGGGCCGCUGCAGGAGAGCGCUAACCACAUUAGUGAGAAGGCAGAAGGGGCAGGUGAAGGGGUGGAAUGAUCGGGGAGCCGGAGGGGCGGAGCGGGAGCAAAAGACGGCACCCUGCGGGCUUUCGCCCACGACUGUGACGCAGGGCAGAGGCGAGGCGGAGCUGCGCUCUGCCACUCCAGGUCGCGCCGCCGUUCCCCGCUCCGCCACGGCGGAUGCGGCGGAAAGACUGUAAAGAGCCAGCGCAACAGAGCAACAGGGCCGCGCACAACGGGCAGACUGCCCGUCCACUGGUCCCCGCUCGUGCCGACCGCCAGUCAACAACGGCGCACGGUUUCCAGGGACUCGGCACGAGCGCAGCGACUCCCCACGCCAUAUGUCUCUGCUGGCGGCCGGCCUGGCCUGCUGGGCCGUGCGAGCAGCCUUCGCGCCGCACUCCCUGGCCCCAUCCCUCCGCAAUGCCAUGGCAGGCUUGCCGUCUUGACCCGGUCUCUCGCGCAGAAUAGCCCAGGCUCGCAUCGAAGUGCUACGCCCAGAACGCCCUUUUGCGCCCUCUGAGGCGAGCCCAGCCUCCAGCCUCGUCGGACCGUUCGCAGCCGAAGGCAUGCACAGAAGGACCUGGGAGAGAAGAUCUGAAAUGUAUCGUACAAGCCACAGGUCUGCCAAAAUCUGUGCGCGCCGGGCUUUCGAGUCCAAGGCACCUCCAUUCACACUUCAACUCACAUCAUCAAGCCUGGCCACCAGACUAUGAACAAGAGCAGGGCCCCGUUGCUCCACGAAAUCUUUAAAAUGCGAGCAACGGAGGAGUGGAAACCCACGCGCCUGCGAGGAAAGGGUCCGAUUCAGCGCUGUUUGAACGCCAGCGGCUUAUGUCAUCAGAGGAGAUGCGUGGCCAGGGCUAAGAAUCGCGAGCGAAGGAUCAUGGGCAGAAGCGCCGGUGCAAGUCCUCUUCUCUUGCCGAGCAAGUGGGCUCGUCGAGAGUACGGCGCACCUCGUGCCGCUGAUGCGGAGAGUGCCGUCACACAGCGAUGCGGGCGGCGGGGGAGAGAGGGACGGAGCAGGCCACAUGGGAUUCCGUUGAAUCCCUCGGCCCUUGGCCCCUCACCUCGGCUAUACAUGAUGCCGCAUCGCGGUGCCGCGCGAGGGUGGGGAGGCGACGACGAUGCGCGCGCGCGCGCCAGUGCCAUAUUGCAGGGCAGGGGCGCGGAGAGGGAGCCAGGAGCGCGAAGGGCGCGCGCGCGCGGUCUGGGUGCGAUGGAGGUUUCUAUGGAAUGCGUCGGAGGUCUGGCGUCUCGACUGCAU